CUGCUCUGCGCCUCUGCUUCAUCACCAAGUCCAAGUGCAUACUUCCUAGUACUCCAGCACAGCAAGUGCAAGUUCCUAGUACCAAAUAGCAGCAAUGGCGCCAGCGCAGCAAGUGCAAGUUCCAGUGCAAGCCUCGCCACCCGCGAUUCUCAGCGUCCUCGAGACCACUCUCGUAGCGCCCUCGCCGAGCGCCGGUGCCGCCCCGCUGGAGUCCUCCCUCCCGCUCACCUUCUUCGACGUCCUCUGGCUCAACUCCCCGCCCGUCGAGCGUGUUUUCUUCUACCGCCUCGCCGCCGACGCCGACGUCCCCGCCAUCCUCUCCAACCUCAGGACCUCGCUGCCCCAGGCUCUCCACGCCUACUACCCGCUCGCCGGCCGCCUCCGCCUCACGCCUGGGACGGCUGACCGCUACGAGAUCUACUACCAGCCGGGCGACGGCGUCACCUUCACCGUCGCCGAGUACCGCGACGAUGUUGACAUCGACGAGCUCGUGGUUGACAAGCCGAGGGAGGUCUGCAAGAUCGGGCCGCUCGCACCGCCUCUUCCCAAGGGGGGCCCGGUGCUCGCGCUGCAGGCCACCGUGCUCCACCGUGGCCUCACCAUUGGCGUGGCCGUGCACCACGCUGCCUGCGACGGCGCCAUCUCCACGCGCUUCCUGCACACCUGGGCGGCGGCCGGCACCGGCGUCGUCGCUCCGUCACCUCCUGUCAUCGACAGAACUCUCAUAAAGGACGCCACGGGUCUCUACGACGUCUUCGUCAAAGCCAUGCCGUCGGCCGACGAGAUGGAGCACGUCAAGGAGUUGGACGACAAGCUCCUCGCCACCUUCACACUGUCCAAACAAGACAUACAGCGUGUCAAGGACGUGGUAGCCAGCGAAGCGGCGCGGCGAGGCGCGCCGCCGCCGCGAUGCUCCUCGCUGGUGGCCACCUUCGGCUUCAUGUGGUCCUGCUACCAGCGAGCCAGAGACGAUGCAGGAAGCAACGGCGGCGACCGCCCGACGUACCUGGUCUUCCCCGUCGACCACCGCGCGCGGAUGAAGCCUCCCGUCCCGGACGAGUACCUCGGCAACUGCGUCGGCGGCGCCAUGCACGCCGCGCCCAUGGACCAGCUCGCGGAAGCCGGCGCCAGCGGCCUCUUCGUCGCGUGCACGGCGCUAGCUGCGGCGAUCGAGGAAGCGGUGCGCGGCAUCAGGUCACCCGAGACG